AUGAGGAGGAACAACUUCACUUCUCUGAGAUGGUUCAAGAACCACAAGAAAGCUCUUAUUACAUCGGUGGAUAAAAAGAUUCCAAAUGGCUUCUUGGAGGAACAAGGACCGCCAUAUAUCCCUUUAAACACAGGAGAGCAGACAGUGGUCCUCCUCCCAAGAUCUCCCUCGCCCUCCAAGAGGUACUUCCCUAUCCCUCUGGCCUCGCUGGAGGAGGAGUACCGGAUCCGCUCCGCUGACGACUGCAAGCUCUUCAGAGAGGAGUUCAAUUCACUGCCAUGUUACUACCACCAUGGGUCCUUUGAGGAGGCGAGCAGAGAGCACAACAGAGAGAAAAACAGAUACCCAAACAUUUUACCAUAUGAUCAUUCGAGGGUGGUUUUGAGUCAUCUUGAUGGACAUCUCUGCUCAGACUACAUAAAUGCAUCUUAUAUAGAUGGCUAUAAGGAGAAGAAUAAAUUCAUUGCAGCUCAAGGCCCAAAGCUGGAGACAGUAGCUGACUUCUGGCGAAUGAUUUGGGAACAGAAAACUGCGACUAUAGUCAUGCUGACAAAUCUUAAAGAAAGAAAAGAGGAGAAAUGCUGCCAGUACUGGCCAGAGAAAGGCUGCUGGAUGUACGGAAAUGUCCGAGUGGCAGUGGAGGACAUCACCGUGCUGGUGGACUACACCGUCAGAAAAUUCUGUGUUCAAUAUCAGGGCAGCGACGGGCUCCGAGCUCCUCGGCUGGUCACCCAGCUCCACUUCACCAGCUGGCCAGACUUCGGGGUGCCGUUCACACCCAUCGGCAUGCUGAAAUUCCUCAAGAAGGUCAUGGCUGUCAAUCUGUCCUACGCUGGACCCAUUGUUGUGCACUGCAGUGCCGGAGUCGGAAGGACCGGGACGUUCAUUGUCAUUGACAGCAUGAUCGACAUGAUGCACAUGGAGCAGCGAGUGGAUGUCUUCGGCUUUGUGAGCCGAAUACGAGAACAGCGCUGUCAACUUAUCCAGACAGAUAUGCAGUACUCCUUUAUCUACCAGGCUCUGUUAGAGUACUAUCUGUACGGGGACACGGAGCUGGAUGUGUGCUCUCUGGAGGGCCAUCUGCAAAGGCUGCACAACACCAGGGCCCCCCACGACAGGCUGGGCCUGGAGGAGGAAUUCAGGAAGCUGACCAACGUUCGAAUAAUGAAGGAGAACAUGAGGACUGGGAACCUUCCAGCCAACAUGAGGAAGAACCGCGUGCUUCAGAUUAUUCCGUAUGAUUUCAACCGAGUAAUCCUCUCAGUGAAAAGAGGACAGGAGUUUACAGACUACAUCAAUGCCUCCUUUAUUGAUGGCUACCGGCAGAAGGACUAUUUUAUCGCAACCCAGGGCCCGCUGUCUCACACAGUGGAGGACUUCUGGAGGAUGGUGUGGGAGUGGAGGUGUCAUUCAAUCGUUAUGCUCACCGAGCUCAAAGAGAGGGAGCAGGAAAAGUGUUUCCAGUAUUGGCCAUCAGAGGGCAGUGCAACAUUUGGAGAUUACACACUGGAGCUGACUGGAGACACACAGUGUGAAACCAUCACUCGCAGAGAUCUGGUGCUCACCUGCAAACACGAAAAGCAGUCACAACACGUUCGCCACUUCCACUUCCACGGGUGGCCUGAGAUCGGGACACCAGGCGAGGGACGGGGGAUGAUCGACAUCAUUGCUGCGGUUCAGAGGCAGCAGCAGCAGUCUGGAAACCGUCCCAUUGUGGUACACUGCAGUGCUGGUGCGGGCCGGACCGGGACUUUUAUUGCUCUCAGCAACAUUCUGGAAAGAGUAAAAGCUGAAGGCCUCCUGGAUGUUUUUCAGACUGUAAAAAGUUUACGUAUGCAGAGGCCACACAUGGUUCAAACCAUGGAGCAGUAUGACUUCUGCUACAGAGUGGUCCAGGACUUUAUUGACAUUUUCUCAGACUACGCCAAUUUUAAAUAAAACUCAUCAAGGAACGUUUCUGUGCAAAUGCAUUUUGUUGUUUUCUAAAGCCUUUUUACA